AUGGCUUCGGUCAUGGCAAGGCAAACGACAUAUUGCAUAAGGGGAAGCUUGCGGGCAUCAUUCAUCUGUGAUGUAAACGAGAACAUGAGACAACCUGGAGGUGAUUCCCACACAUUCUUUGAUCUUCCUGCAAAGCACCAAUUGGCAUACAUAUUUGACGCACCUCUGCCUUUGAACUGCACGUCUGUGACGCACACGACGCCCACCGGAACGAGACUCAAAAGAACAAAAUCUUGCACUCACUGCGUCACGAGGUCGUGCGUGGAUGCCAUCCUCGGCGACCAGAGCAUCCACCUCCCGAAGCGCCGCGCCUGGAGCGCGCCCAUGUAG